CUGUUUUCAAAAUCCAGGAAUUUCCUCUGGUUUCCUGGUCCUGUUUGGUCGGAUGUCGUUCUAAAAUGACCAAGAAAUGAUGACAAGAUCAAAGUUCCGGACAGCAUCGGACUUGCGACUACGUCCGCGGGAGACCGAAGUGGAAGUAGUUAUUACACAAACGCCGAUAUAGCAGCAUUAAAAGCGGGUGCAAGGCUCGUAUUUGGCGCCUGAUGACUUUCAAUAUUGCCGAAAGAAAAUUAGCGAAGGGGGGAGGGGAAGCUGUUGAAACGCUUAAUCACCGAUCCAACUCCGACGAACUGAUGACGUAUCGUGGACCUAUCUGUUCGCUAUCUCAUCCAUCAAUCAGGCCAUUUUCAUUGAAAUUCCAUGGUCUCGUGUUGCCUCGCUCAACAUCGACCUUAGUUCUUUCCCCAGGACAGAAUGCACCUCAAAGUAAGAACCUUUUUGUGGGGGAACGUGCCGUCCACACGCCAAGAGGCCAAGCUUCUCUGGAAGAUCGACUGGUUCAUCCUCAGUUAUUGUUGCCUCCAGUACUUCACAAACUAUCUAGAUCGAAGUAACAUAUCUAAUGCGUAUGUGAGCGGGAUGAAGGAGGAGCUUCACAUGUACGGGACUGAGUAUAAUAAAAUUAACACCAUCUUCACCUGCGGUUAUAUCGUAGGAAUGAUCCCCAAUAACUUGAUGCUCCAGAUCGUUCCUCCGCGUAUUUGGUUCCCGUGCAUGCAAAUCCUAUGGGGUGUGCUGACUUUCUGCACAAGCGCCGUGCAUAAUGUCCAAUCCAUAUACGCGAUCCGAUUCUUCCAAGCUAUGGCCGAGUCGUCAACUUUUGUAGGCACCCACUACAUACUAGGUUCAUGGUACAAAUCUGGCGAACUAGGUAAACGCUCUGGAAUAUUUACGAGCUCAGGUUUAGCGGGAACUUUGUUUUCCGGUGUUCUGCAGGGUGCGGUAUACAAACAUCUAAAUGGCUAUGCCGGCCGAAGUGGAUGGCGUUGGUUAUUCAUCAUUGACGGGAUUAUUACUUUGCCCAUCGCACUCUAUGGUUUCCUUAUCUUUCCUGAUGUCCCUUUGACUACAAAGGCUUUUUAUCUGAAUGAAGAUGAAAAAAGGUUAGCCUCAGACCGGCUUCAAGGCGAAAUCCAAGUCGCACGGGAACCUGUGUCAUGGGCAACCGCUAAACGAAUCCUCGGGAAAUGGAGGUGGUACGGAUGCAGCCUCCUGUUCGCCAUCUCUGGAGAAACCGAAAGUCUCGGAUCGAACAACAUUAUGGGACAAUGGCUGAAAGCUAUCGGAGGCUACAGCGUGGAACAAAUCGAUUAUUAUCCUUCCGGCGCCACCGCCUUUGCCAUUGCGUCAACCCUAGUUUGCGCCACCUGGACAGACUAUACUCGCAUCCGAUGGCCAGUAUUGGUGUACAUGUCGGUCGCGUGUAUUAUAUCUGCUGUAUGCCUUCUUGUUUGGGGCAGUCCCACAGGCUUGAAGUUUUUCGCUUUCUAUAUUGCUGGCGCCUCUUAUGCUGGUCAAGCGACUACAUUCGCGUGGGCGAACCAGAUAUGUGCAGACGAUGAUCAAGAGCGGGGCAUUGUGCUCGCUUCUAUGAACAUGUGGAAUAAUGUGAUCAACGCAUGGUGGCCACUUGUUUUCUAUCCAGCGACAGAUGCACCUAGAUUUCACAGAGGUAUGAUCGCGCUGAUAUGCGUCAGUGUUGCGACGCUGGGUGUGACAGGGCUGGUAUGGUACUUGGAAAGAAGAGAAAAGAGAGCAGAAAAGAAAGUAUCAGAUGAUGAUGGAGAAGAAUUGCAGGGUGACAGAAAAUCGUUCAAUCAGAAGGAGACGAGUUGAUCAACGGAGACGGGUAUACAUAGACCGAUGCACGAAGAAUUAUUAGAUGAACUUAAAUAUACGUGUAUGCUAAAGCUCCAU